CAGUAUCUAGUCCACAUACAUUCAACUAGUUUCAUAACUCUUCCUCUUUGUGGCUGCAAUCUUUGACCUCUUUCCUCAACCAACCAUCAAAAAUGGCAGCCACAAAAAUGAUGAUGAUUUCAACUACAAACAUUGCCUCAUCAUCUUUCAAAACUUCCUCUCAAUUUUUCAAACCAAAUUCUUUAAACCUUUUCUUCAACACUAAAUUAGUUUCCAAGAAAAGGGCUUUUUCUUGUUCAGCUCUAUUUAAACCUGAUAUUCAGAUCAAGGAAGAAGGCCUACCUGAAACCCUUGAUUACAGAGUUUUCUUUCUUGAUAAUUCUGGCAAAAAGGUUUCACCUUGGCAUGAUAUACCUUUACACGUGGGUGAUGGAGCAUUCAAUUUCAUUGUGGAAAUUCCCAAAGAAUCAAGUGCAAAGAUGGAGGUUGCUACAGACGAAAUAUACACUCCCAUUAAGCAGGAUACAAAGAAGGGGAAACUUAGAUACUACCCUUACAAUAUUAACUGGAAUUAUGGAUUGCUUCCACAAACAUGGGAAGAUCCAUCAUUUGCAAACCCUGACGUUGAUGGAGCAUUUGGAGACAAUGAUCCAGUUGAUGUUGUUGAAAUUGGUGAAAAACGCGGGAACAUUGGUCAACUAAUGAAGAUCAAACCUUUAGGCUGUUUAGCUAUGAUUGAUGAAGGAGAACUUGACUGGAAAGUUAUUGCAAUUUCAUUGGAUGAUCCAAAGGCUUCACUUGUCAAUGACGUUGAUGAUGUCGAGAAGCAUUUUCCAGGCACUCUAACUGCAAUUAGAGACUGGUUCAGAGACUACAAAAUUCCUGAUGGCAAACCUGCCAACAACUUUGGUCUUGGCAAUAAAGCAGCCAACAAGGAUUAUGCUCUGAAGGUGAUUACCGAGACGAAUGAGUCAUGGGCUAAGCUUGUCAAAAGAUCAACCCCAGCUGGGGAGCUUUCACUUGUGUAGAUGCUGUCAAUUCUUCAGAGCCGCAUAUGUGCUGGACUGCUGGCAUAUCUAUUUUUUAAGUCAGAAAUCGUUUCUAUUAGAGUGACAUUUGAUGCCUUUUUUUACAUCAUUUGUGUCGUAACGGCAACUUGAAUAUUUUUCAUUACAGUUAUUGGUUUAUAAGAACUAAUAACAUAAGUCGUUUCAGUCA